AAGUCAUCUCCCGACUUCACGGUGGUCGCGAUGGAGCGGAUGGAAGAGCUAACGGCUGCGUGGCUCGAAACUGAACCUGGGGCUCAAUGGAUGGUCAAGGAGGGCACCAAGUCCUUCAAUUGUGGACUCUUCCGGGCCCAGCAGGUCUUCCGUGACAGACUGGCUCAGCUCCCCAAAGGAUUCUCUCUCCCCGACCUCCGCUUUCCCCCUCCUUGCCGCUCCCUAGCCGAAUUCGACUCCCGCCCUUAUUUGGACGAAGGGAGCUCAAGCGCGUCUGAAGAGGAGGAAGAAGGAGGAGAAGAAGACGGCCCAGGCGAUCAAAAUCUGGGGGCUAGCUUAGCCACAUCCAAGGCGGGUGACAACCCUAGCUCGAGCGUUUAACUUUCCCCGUUGUUCCCCCAGAUUUUUGUAAACACUUGUUGUUGUUAUGUGUUUUUUUGAGGUGACUCAUCAUUUUGAUGCGAUGCUCACAUGCUACUUGAUUCGUUG